GGAAGCGGAUGCCCAGAUAGGAAAUCCAGCAUAGCAACAAGUUAAGGAUGAUUGCUCGGGCUACAUGGGGCGACGUCCAUGUAGACGUCCAUCCUGGCAACGUGUUUGUAGUCACCGAGCCAGGUAUGCAUGUGGGGAGGGGUGUCAAAGAUUGCGGACAUGUGCGAGGUCACAAGUGUCACCAGUUGAUCUCAGGUCCAGCUUGGAUGGCAGAAUCUCGCUCUGGUUAUCCAGCAGAGGCUGCAGUGCCCAUGGCGAGGAUGAUCUGAGACUCGGUUCACAACAGCAUUGUAGACACAUUCCCGCUGCACCCUGGGUAAAUACAGAUCAGGUGCCGGAGCCGACUCUAAUUUAGAAGACGCCCGCGAACGCUGCGCACACGCACACGUGCCCUCGACUCGCAGGCACUUGAUCCCCUCCUCCGCGGAGGAGGUCUUAGGGGCGUGGCUCCCAUCCUCAAUCUGCUGGAGGUCAAAGCGAAGCAUCAGUUAAGGAAGGAAUCCCCACACCCUCCAAUUAAAACUACCCUUUCGGCAUACUACGACUCCCCAAGAAGAAUCAACCCCACUUGCUCCAAGGGGCGCUGCUGGGAGAGGCCGAAGAUGGGCGUGGCUUGGAGCCCUAGCGCGUUAUCCCAGAAUCUAUACCUAGGAUGGUGGAGUUUGGGCAGGGCUUCACAGCAUCCCUCCCAUCCUUCGCCACAGAUGACGCGGGAGACCACGGUCGCCCCCGGAAGGCUUUAGACCAUUAGGCCGACCUCCACGUCCCCCCACGGGGGACUGCUCUUGCCUGGUCAGCUCGUCUGCGUUAAGGCCGGGAGCAGCCCAGUGCGUGCUUGCCUCCCGCCAGUUCGCCCCCCAUCACCGCCUCUGCCACCGCCUCCUCCUUGGAAACCAAGUUACCAACGUUUAAACCAAUCCCUGGGCGCAACUCUACCACCCCCACACUCCACCCGCUGCGCUGCGCCGUCCUCCCAGCCCGGUUCUCCAUCACUCGCGCUCCCCUCGCCUCCUGCGUUCUCCCCUCCCUGGCAGCGGCGGCGAUGCCGGGGCCUUCGCCAGGGCUGCGCCGAGCGCUCCUCGGCCUCUGGGCUGUCCUGGGCCUGGGGAUCCUCGGCAUCUCAGCGGUCGCGCUAGAGCCUUUCUGGGCGGACCUUCAGCCCCGCGUGGCGCUCGUGGAGCGCGGGGGCUCGCUGUGGCUCAACUGCAGCACUAACUGUCCGAGGCCGGAGCGCGGUGGCUUGGAGACUUCGCUGCGCAGGAACGGGACCCAGAGGGGUCUGCGCUGGCUGGCUCGGCAGCUGGUGGACAUCCGAGAGCCAGAGACGCAACCCGUCUGCUUCUUCCGCUGCGCGCGCCGCACACUACAAGCGCGUGGGCUCAUUCGAACUUUCCAGCGGCCGGAUCGGGUAGAGCUAGUGCCGCUGCCUCCUUGGCAGCCCGUGGGCGAGAACUUCACCUUGAGCUGCAGGGUUCCGGGAGCAGGACCCCGAGCGAGCCUCACGUUGACUCUGCUGCGGGGCGCCCAAGAGUUGAUCCGCCGCAGUUUCGCGGGAGAGCCACCCCGAGCGCGCGGCGCAGUGCUCACCGCCACGGUCCUGGCGCGCAGGGAAGAUCACGGAGUCAAUUUCUCGUGCCUCGCGGAGCUGGACCUGCGGCCACAAGGCCUGGGACUCUUUGCAAACAGCUCCACCCUCAGACAGCUCCGCACCUUUGCCUUGCCUCCAAUUCCCCCGAGCCUGGUUACUCCCCGAUUCUUAGAAGUGGGCUCAGAAAGGCCGGUGAGCUGCAGUUUGGAUGGACUGUUUCCUGCCCCGGAAGCCAGGGUUUACCUCUCGCUGGGAGAUCAGAGGCUGCAGCCUGACGUGACCUUCGAUGGCGACAGCCUCUUGGCCACUGCCACAGCUACGCCAAGCGCAGAACAGGAAGGCACCAGACAGCUGUUAUGCAGCGUGACCCUCGGGGGCGAAAGCAGGGAGACCCAGGAAAAUCUGACUGUUUACAGUUUCCCUACUCCUCUUCUGACUUUAAGUGAGCCAGUAGCCCCUGAAGGGAAGGUGGUAACCGUAAGCUGCUGGGCUGGGGCUCGAGCCCUUGUUACCUUAGAGGGAAUUUCAGCUGCGGUCCCGGGGCAACCCGCUGAGCUCCAGUUAAAUGUCACGGAGAAGGACGACAAGAGGGGCUUCUUCUGCGAAGCUGCCCUCGAAGUGGACGGGGAGACCCUAAGAAAGAACCAGAGCGCUGAGCUUCGUGUCCUGUAUUCACCCCGGCUGGAUGACUCAGAUUGUCCCAGAAGCUGGACAUGGCCUGAGGGUCCAGAGCAGAGCCUCCGCUGCGAGGCCCGUGGAAACCCGGAGCCCUCAGUGCACUGUGCUAGGCCUGAUAGCGGGGGCGCUGUGCUGGCGCUCGGCCUGCUGGGUCCAGUGACUCGCUCCCUCGCAGGCACUUACCGUUGCACAGCAGUCAAUGGCCAGGGCCAGGCUGUCAAGGACGUGACCCUGAAUGUGGAGUAUGCCCCAGCGCUGGACAGUAUAGGCUGCCCAGAACACAUUACUUGGCUGGAGGGAACAGAGGCAUCGCUUAGCUGUGUGGCACACGGGGUCCCACCGCCUAAUGUGAGUUGUGUGCGCUCUGACACGGACAGAGUCAUGGAAGGGUUGCUGCGCGUGACUCGGGAGCACGCUGGCAUUUACCGAUGCGAAGCCAUCAACGCUAGAGGAUCAGCAGCCAAAAAUGUGGCUGUCACCGUGGAAUAUGGUCCCAGUUUUGAGGAGCUGAGCUGCCCGAGCAACUGGACGUGGGUAGAAGGAUCUGGAAGGCUGUUUUCCUGUGAAGUUGACGGGAAGCCAGAACCACGCGUGGAGUGCCUGGGCUCCGAGGGUGCCAGCAAGGGGGCGGUAUUGCCCCUGGUAUCCUCAAACCCUGGUCCUAGAAACUCUGUGACCUCUAGUAAUCUUUCACCGGGUAUCUACCUCUGCAAUGCCACCAACCGGCACGGUUCCACGGUCAAAACUGUCGUCGUGAGCGCGGAGUCGCCGCCACAGAUGGAUGAAUUCAGCUGCCCAAGUCAUCAGACUUGGCUAGAAGGAGCUGAGGCUACGGCGCUGGUCUGCAGUGCCAGGGGCCGCCCCUCUCCACGGGUUCGCUGUUCCAGGGAGGGUGCCGCCAGGCUGGAGAGGCUGCAAGUGUCCCGGGAGGAUGCGGGGACCUACCGUUGUGUGGCCACCAACGCGCAUGGCACGGAUUCACGGACCGUCACUGUUGGUGUGGAAUACCGGCCUGUUGUGGCGGAGCUGGCGGCCUCGCCUCCAAGUGUGCGGCCAGGCGGGAACUUCACCCUGACCUGCCGUGCAGAGGCCUGGCCUCCAGCACAGAUCAGCUGGCGCGCGCCCCCUGGAGCUCUCAACCUUGGCCUCUCCAGCAACAACAGCACUCUGAGCGUGUCAGGCGCCAUGGGCAGCCACGGCGGCGAGUAUGAGUGCGCAGCCACCAAUGCGCAUGGGCGCCACGCGCGACGCAUCACGGUGCGCGUGGCCGGCUGCAGUAGCAGGUGCAUAGAGGGCUUGGGGAGACUAGGGGUUUGCCCACCCUGGCGAGGAUGUGCGCCCACAGGUCCGUGGCUGUGGGUCGCUGUGGGCGGUGCUGCAGGGGGCGCGGCGCUGCUGGCCGCGGGGGCUGGCCUGGCCUUCUACGUACAAUCCACGGCCUGCAAGAAGGGCGAGUACAACGUCCAGGAGGCCGAGAGCUCCGGCGAGGCGGUGUGUCUCAAUGGCGCUGGCGGGACACCGGGCGCCGAAGGCGGAGCCGAGACCCCUGGCACUGCCGAGUCACCUGCAGAUGGCGAGGUUUUUGCCAUCCAGCUGACAGCCCAGUAAGCCGGCAGCCAGCCCCUCUCCCCGGGGGUGUCUGCAAGCAUUGGGGUGGGCAUAUGUAUUAUUCAUGCUCUUUAUUUAUUCAACUCCAGGGGCAUCACUUCCAUUUUCUACCCAUUCCCCUCAAUAAAGUUUUUAUAAAGAC